AUGUCACCAAGCAAAAGUGCAGAAAGAGUAGCACUAUUGGCAAAGGGCAGCCAUGGAAACGAAGAAACAAAGGAAAGAUGGUGGAGUAUGAGGAGAGUUUUGGAUUUGGAAGAGGCAAGACAUCAACUUAUGUUGUCGUUACCAAUGAUUAUUUCCAACAUUUCCUAUGACUUCAUUACGUUGGUGUCUGUCAUGUUUGCUGGCCACCUCGGUGAACUUGAGCUUGCCGGUGCCACUCUUGCCGAUUCUUGGGCUAGUGUCACCGGUUUCGCUUUAAUGAUAGGAUUAAGUGGAGCACUUGAAACACUUUGCGGUCAAGGAUUUGGUGCAAAAUCAUACAGAAUGUUGGGGCUUCAUCUCCAAGCAUCGUGCAUCGUCUCUUUCUUCUUCUCUAUUAUUAUAUCCAUCUUAUGGUUCUACUCUGAAUCAAUCUUCAUUUGUCUUCACCAAGAUCCACAGAUUUCGAAAAUAGCUGCAAUGUACCUCAGGCAUUUGAUUCCAGGUUUAUUUGCAUAUGGUUUCUUGCAAAACAUUUUGAGGUUUCUUCAAGCUCAAAGCGUUGUCAUGCCGCUUGUCUGGUUUUCGAUUCUUCCUAUGGUAUCCCAUUUCGGCAUCGUUUACAUCCUGGUUAACUGGACGAGUACAGGUGUAAAGGGAGCUUCAAUGGCUGCUUCGAUUUCGUUAUGGAUAUUAUUCGUUUCGUUGGCAAUGUAUGUUACUUGCACCAAGCAACUGAAGCAAACCUGGGAAGGAUUGUCGUCUGAAUCAUUUCGUCACAUUUUUACAUUCCUCAAAGUGGCCCUCCCUUCUGCAGCAAUGAAUUGUCUGGAGGAUUGGGCAUUUGAACUUCUGGUGCUGCUAGCCGGAUUGAUGCCAAAUUCAAACAUAUCUACUUCACUGAUUGCAAUGUGUGUAAAUACACAAACCACUGCCUUCAUGGUUACAGGCGGGGUAAGUGCUGCAGCAAGCACAAGGGUUGCCAAUGAACUGGGAGGUGGGAACCCAGAGAAAGCUAAAAGUGCAAUGGCUGUGACACUCAAGCUCUCCACCAUUCUUACGCUUGCAAUCGGCCUAGCUUUAGCCUUCGGUCACAAUGUUUGGGCUGCUUUCUUUACUGAUAGUUCCUCAAUCAUAUCCCGAUUCGCCUCGAUCACACCCUUCCUUGUCGUCUCAAUAACUUUCGGUUGUUUUCAAGACAUUCUGUCAGCCGUAGCAAGGGGAUGUGGUUGGCAGCCCUUAGCUGCAUGGGUCAACUUGGGGACUUACUACUUCAUUGGUAUUCCAAUUGCAUGCCUUCUGGGAUUUAUGCUCAAACUCUAUGAUAAGGGUUUGUGGAUUGGCAUAAUAUGUGGCCUGUUUUGCCAAAGCAUUGCUCUCUUAUCAUUUGCAUUGUUUAGGCAGUGGUCUAAAAUUGAUAUUUCAGUCGAAAUUGACGAGGAAACUCAAGUUAAGGUUAUUUGGAAUGAGUCCAAAGGUACCGGGGCUAGUAAAAUGUUGUUGCAUGUUAUUGUAUGUGUUGCAUGGAACUCUGUGAUCACGAAAGGAAUGACUGGAGUUUCCCUCCUUGCUGUCCAGGUUUUAGUGUCAAGCUCGAGGUCGCUCUUUUUCAAGUCGAUUUGGUUGCAGCUCUUCGGUGCCUUUUCACAAGAGGUUAUGUGGGUAGCUGUUCUACUACUUCUCUUUAAGUGGUGUUCAAGGCUGGUUUCUACUUUCGUUUGUAGCUGUUUUCAUUACAGCAGGUUUGAUGUUUCUUAUAGGUCUCAUGUUUCUUAG